AUGUCACAACUCUCUGUAAGACCACUAAAUGCACAACUUCAAGCGGCUGCAAUUAAAGAAUUGAAUGAGGUGCCCCAACGUGUGGCGGCCGACAUCGAGACAUUACGCAGCUGGAUCCAACAGCAGCCACAUUUGCGUGCACGUGACGACGAUCAAUUUUUGCUCGCUUUCCUGCGUGGCUGCAAAUUUAGUCUGGAGAAGGCCAAAAGCAAAAUUGACAAAUUCUAUACAUUACGCACCAAAUAUCCGGAAUUUUUCACCAUCAAUGAUGUAGAUGAAGAAAAGGUGCGCGAACUAAUAAAUACCGGCAUACUAGUAUAUUUGCCGACGCCGUUAAAUGGAAAUGGACCACGUAUUGCUGUAGUGACCGUAGGCAGUUAUACAGUUGAUAGAUAUUCCAUAGAAGAUGUUGCGCGGACUAUGGAUGGCAUACAGGAGAUACUAAUGCUGGAAGAUGACUAUGCCGUUAUCUAUGGUAUAACAACAAUAGUUGAUGUGAAAAAGGCGUCCACAGCGCAUUUAAUGCAAAUGACACCAUCGAGUCUGAAGAAAAUGAGUAUUUUCUCGGAAGAAGCUUUGCCAUUUCGCACGAAGGGUACACAUUUCAUAAAUAUACCAAGCGGUUUUGAGGCAUUUUUCAACAUACUCAAACCAAUGCUGUCGAAAAAACAACAAAAGCGACUUUCUCUGCAUGGCAACAAACUGGAUAAACUUGACGAGCAUAUCCCCUUGAAAUAUUUACCUAAAGAAUAUGGUGGUGAGAAUGGUUCCAUUGCAGAGUGCAUUGUCGAACUCAAUCAGAAACUCGAUAAGUACCGGGAAUACUAUAAGGCGAAUGCCCAAUAUGGUACGGACGAAAAGCUUCGUCUUGGUAAACCUGUCGAUUUCGAUCAACUUUUUGGUGUGCAGGGUUCUUUUAGAAAGUUGGAAGUAGACUAA